UCGACAUGGAAGGAGUAUGGUGAGAAAUGGAGAAGCUAGUGAAGGACAACCUUGUUAGGGACAUCGGGGUUUGCAAUUUCACCAUAAGAAAACUAGAGAAGUUGCUCAAGCUUGCCCAAACCACGCCUUCUGUGUGCCAAAUGGAGAUGCACCCUGGUUGGAGGAACAAUAAGAUGUUGGACGCAUGCAAGAGGAAUGGGAUCCAUGUUACGGCCUAUUCACCACUUGGAUCUGGAAAUCUGAUCCACCAUCCUGUCGUUGAGAUGAUUGCCAAGAAGGUAAAUAAAAGCCCAGCUCAGGUCUUGGUGAAGUGGGCUUUCCAAAGAGGCACAAGUGUCAUCGCCAAAUCAACACAUGCAGACAGGAUCAAGGAAAAUAUUAUGGUUGCUGGGUGGGAGAUUCCACAGGAAGAUUUUCAAGUGCUGAGUAGCAUCCCUGACCAGGCCGUAUACACGUCACAUUGUUGGUUGACCUUAAUCUACACAGCUUUGUAGUGGAUCUGGCCUCAUUUCAUGAAUAUGCCCGAGUACACAAUACAUAUAUCCUCGAGCUCCCAUCAUCAUCCUCAAUCAUAUAAUAAUUCGGAUCCAGAAAUCUCUUCUUCUCCGCCAAAAACACCGAGAAGAGAGAGAGAGAGAGAGAGAGAGAGAGAGAGA